CCUAAUUACAUCUGUGAUCUCAUAAAACCCUUAAAUGUUUAGAAUAUGUAUUCAUUUGAAUUAUUUAGAUGAUCUUUUGAGGAUGUAUGGAAAAUAUAAUUGCUUGAAUGUCUCGUUACAUGUUACUCGUAGUGAUUUAGUUUGAGUUGAUUCGACAAUGUAAUGGUACGUGAUAUCACACAUUUGGAUCCGAAGACCGCGUCAAGUAUGAGGUGUUAAAACUUACCUGCGUAGCCAUCGGACAUGCUUCUCAUUCUUGAAAGAGCUACAAAGGCAAGUAAAGAAAUUUUAGAACAUUGGUGCACACCCGAUACCUUUCUUCACAAGUCAUGAGUAAAUGUCAAGGAACGAAAGAGAUUCACUAGAAGUAAUUGUGGGGAGUGGGGGACCACUCCACCCCCUCGGGCAAGUCUAAGCAAGCUAGAAAGGCAGGUUGACGAGAAGAAAACGGGGAGCAAAAGUUUAUGCAUGGGCUAAAAAACAACUAUUUAAAGCGCGUAGCUUUAUCCUUAAUGUUGGACGAAGGGAGGACACUUCGCCAAACCGGUAGUAGAGGAUGCAAGUAUCAGCACAGAAAAAGAAAAAAAAACCUAAAAUGAGCCCAACAAUGAAGAUGGUUAUGUUCAUUAAUAAACCUCUCUUUUGGUCUCCUUAUUGGAAUAGGCAUAAGUCAAUUCAUUUAUCUCAAUAUCAAAGUAAAGUCAUUUCUAAAAUAAUGUUUUUGUGCCAAGCAUCAACAUCUAUGUAUGUUUUAUCAUGUUAUACAAGGAUGUUGGAGCCAUGGAAAGAAUGGAAAGCGAAAGUGUUAGCCACCCAAAUCCUCCCUUUGAUUGUUGUUAUUUCCGCUUCAACUUCUAACGAUGUAAGGGCUUGGUUGCAUCUGAUCCUGAUCAUCUCCAAGAUUUCUGCGUUGCUGAUAAAACCUCAAGAAUAAACGGGAAUGGAUACACGCGGUCAAUGUUACGGAAGUUGAUUUUUUCUUCGGUGGUUUAGCCAAUUCAGCAGUGAUCAACAACUUAGUGGGAUCAGUGAUUACAACAGCCAAUGUUGAGAAAAUUCCAGGGCU